AUGCGUCUCGGCAUCUCCCUCCUCCUCACCGCCCUCCUCAUCAUCCCCUCCCUCGCCGGCAUCCUCCCCCGCCAAGUCAAGCCGCCAUGGUUCUUCAACACCGGCAGCAUGGCCAAAAAGCCCUGGACCCUCCGCGGCAUGGACGAGAUCGAGCGCGCCCUCACAAACAUCACAAACGUCUUCCCCUACGACUGCCGCUGCAACAACCAGUACGCCAACGACGACAUCGAGCGCUGCCCGCCCCUGGAGAAGAUCUCGCACAUCCAGCUCGGGCGCUGCUACACCACGAGGGCGGCGUCGGUGUCGCUGCGCGUCUGGGACACGAGGCUGGGCGUGACGCAGUACGUCGAGUGCAGGGCCUACUGGCACGGCGGCUGCAAGGGCAUUUCAUCUGCGCCGCUGGUGUUUGAGGAGAAUUUCCAGUGCCGCGACAUGGUGGAGCGGUAUAGCAAUCGAGGGCGGUUCAGGUCGCUCAUGUGUGUGAAUCUUGUGCGGCAGCAGCCGUGGCCGGAAGAUGUUCAGCAGCGUCGAUGA